GUUGGUACUACUGAGACGAGGCAGAGAACCGCAACAAGCGGCAGAAUGGAAUCACUGUCUUGUUAUCAUGGGGCCAUCAGCCGAGAGAUGUGUGAGAGGCGCCUGGCUGAGGCUGGCAGGGAUGGCAGCUACUUAAUCCGAGACAGCGAAAGCAUCCCUGGUGUUUACUGCCUCUGUGUGCUGUGCAAUGGCUAUGUCUACACUUACCGCUUACAGCAAAACAAUGCAGGCUCCUGGGCAGCAGAGACAGCACCUGGUCAACAGAAACGCUUGUUCCGUAAAGUGAAGAAUUUGAUAAGUGCUUUUGAGAAACCCGACCAAGGCAUUGCCAUUCCCCUUCUCUACCCUGUGACUGUUCAGAAUCAUUACAACAGCCCAAAUACAUCCCAUAUAACCUUCUCAGGAUAAGAAGCAUGGAAGAAGAAACUGAAACUUAUUGACACCCAUUAUGAUUUUUCUUUAUUAUUAUUAUUAUUAUUAUUAUUAUUAUUAUUAUUAUUAUUAUUAUAGAAUAUUAAUUUCUAAAAAAUCCUGUUAUACUCUUGAUUCUAACAACUUCAAUUCUAACAAUUCAUGCUCAUAUAUGUAUAUAUUUUAUGUUGGAUAUUUGUUAAAAACAAACAUAAACAAAAACAAGAAAGUAAAUUUUAGGAUCAGUGAUUGUACAGUAGGUGAUCAUUAUAUUCAUUUUAUAUGCAAUCUUUAAUAUGUUCCUUCUAUUUUGCUACUAUAGUAUGUGAAACCUAAAAUUGUGCCUAUAAAUGCAAAAAAAAAA